UACUCACAAAUCAAUAGGCGUUGUGGUCCAGGUGUUCCGAGUACAUGGUGGGAUGGAGGUGGCGAUUAAACCAGCGGAUAUGAUUUUACGGGUUUUAGCGUUCAUAGACACUUAGUGGGACGUGUUUUCUUUCUGUAAAUACUCGAUAAAAUGAAGAUGUUUACUGCGCCGGGCUCAGCAUCCCUACCAGGAAUGGUAUUUCUCCUGUUGGAGAUAGCGGGGACUAUCUUCCCGACCUCCGCACAGAUAGUGGCUGUCAUCGACAAAGAUAAGAACAGCUCCGUUUAUCGUACGCUGCACACAAGGAUCCCCGUUGCGAGCCCCAAAUAUAACAUCACAAUGAUUCAAGCAGACGACAGCAACUCUAUAAAUACGCUCGACCAAGUAUGUACAAGCAUGAAUAAAGGAGGGUUUGCCUUGCUGGAUGCUACCGCCCCUGCCGUUGGGCCCCUGAUUCGUUCCUUCGCACGCACGCUUGGCAUGGCCUACUUCACAUUGGUGGACCAAUCAACGCUCCUUCCUGUAGAUUUCCAUCCACAGCUUCACCUAGCGGUAGAGCCUCCUGGGUCGGCCAUGUUUCAUAUCAUACCCGACAUCGUUAAGCAUGAAAAUCUCACCAAAGUCGCCAUUUUAUAUGACGAGUCGUUCGAUCUCCACGUGAUACCGAAGAGGAUUUUGACUGGGGUCCCCACCCAGCAUUUGUAUCAGGAAAUUUCUAAAGACGAAACAGCACUGUCUUCCCAAUUAAAGCGUCUCAAAGACCUCGAAAUCAAAGUCUUCUUCGUGCUUAGUAAUUCGACCACGAUCACCGCUCUGCUAGGGAUGGUUCACUCCCUGAACAUGUUCGAGGAAAAGUACAAUUGGUUCGUCCUCAGCAAGGGUUCCAAUCUGAACUGUCACAAGUGUAAAACUGGCAGCGUCAUACGAAUCAAUGGGAAACACAACUUUGAGAUGCUAGACAAUUAUAUCAGGGCCAUCAGGAACCUACUCCCGAACAACCACGCGUAUAACGCGUUAGCCAUACAGCUGGAUGAGAUUUUCAUCUACGACUUCCAAAUGAUGUUGGAUGAGGUUUUGAAGGAUACACAUCCUACUGAAGCGUUCUCUGUACCUAAGGAUGACUGUUACGGCGUCAAAAACUCCACCGAUAUCCUCUACCAGCAGAGCAAGCGUAUCAUCGCCGCCUUCAAAGAGAUGACAAGAGAGGGCUUGUACGGAGAAAUAAGAUUCAUCAACGGCUCGCUGCGACAGAAAUUGGUGUUAAAUCUUCAAAGGCAGACGUUCAGUGAAGGACUGAGCUCGGGGAACACUCCGCUUGGUAACUGGACAGAGUCCAAUGGCCUGGUACUGAAGGUAAAAUCACUGAUAGAGAGUCAGACCAAGAGGACACUCAGAGUAGUUAUCGCCGGCAAGUACCCACCGUUUGUGUACGAGAACAAAAACAACAGCAACACCAAGUACACUGGCUACUGUAUCGACCUGCUCAACAAGAUCGCCACGAUCGUCGGCUUCGACUACACGAUAUACGAGGUCCCCGACGGACUGGUAGGUGCCAUGGCUGACGAUGGCACUUGGAAUGGAGUCAUUAAUGAACUCAUCCAAAAGAAAGCCGAUAUAGCUGUUGGACCUAUAUCAGUUAUGGCUGAAAGAGAAAACGUAGUGGACUUCACGGUUCCGUAUUAUGAUCUGGUGGGGCUGACUAUUCUCAUGAAGAAACCGAAAUUUGAAUACUUCCUGUUCAAAUUCCUGAUAGUGCUCCAUCAUCAAGUAUGGCUGUGUAUUAUCGCUGCCUACUUCCUGUUUAGUGUACUCUUGUGUGCAUUUGAUAAACUUAGUCCGUUUAGCUACCAAAACAAUUUGAAGUUAUGGAAAGGACACGGACCGGAACCUCGAAUAUUUACAUUGAAAGAGGGAGUGUGGUUCUGUAUGAUGUCGCUUACACCUCAGGGUGGUGGUGAAGCUCCUCGUGCGUUGUCAGGGCGAUUAAUAGCUGCCACCUGGUGGCUAUUUGGGUUUAUCAUCAUCGCCACUUAUACAGCAAACCUAGCAGCACAUCUGACAGUAUCCCGGAUGGAGACUUUGAUCAAAUCCCUGGACGACCUUUCUGCUCAAUACAAAGUAAAGUACGGACCACGAAAUGGGAGCGCAGCCAUGGUCUACUUCAAACGAAUGGCAGAAAUCGAGGAACGCUUCUACAGUAUAUGGAAGCAAAUGAGCCUGAACGACAGUCUUGAUGCGGUGGAACGUGCCAAGCUGGCAGUGUGGGACUACCCAGUCAGUAACAAGUACACCAAGCUUUGGGAGACAAUGAAGGGACAUGGUUUUUCCAACACGCUCGAAGAAUCCAUCGAACAAGUCAUGUCCGGGGAAUAUGCCUACAUAGGUGACGCAGCAGAGAACAAGUAUCAGACACUGACUAAUUGUGAAGUGGAGGCGGUGGGGGAGGAGUUUAGUCGGAAACCCUUUGCCUUCGCUGUUCAGGACGGUUCACCUCUCCGAAGCGAAAUAAGUAACGCAAUUCUACAGUUAUUGAACGAGCGCUUCCUGGAAAAAUUAAAGGCUCGAUGGUGGACGGAAAAUCCCGAAAAGAUCGAAUGCCCAAAUAUUGAGGACGAGAGUGAAGGUAUCAGCAUCAAAAACAUUGGCGGGGUAUUUCUUGUUAUUGCUGUGGGUACUGGCCUUGCUCUCAUCUGUUUGGCAUUCGAGUUCUAUUUGUACCGAUACAAACCCAAACUUGAGGCUAAGCGUUAUGGAGUUGCUAAGAAACAGUCACGAGCCGAGCUGGUGACGAACGGUGUGAAUGGCUCGUCUUCGGUUAACACAAGCAGAACAUCUAAUGGUUCCCUAACAACCAUUUCUAAUGGUGAGUCCUCUAUCUGGCCCGAUAUUACAUUAGACUAUAUGAAAACCGAAACAAAUGGUAAUUCGACAUACUUUGCUGAGAGAAUGUAAUCCUGUUGUUUGAAUUUGAACGACUAUGAAGUUAUACUUGCAAAGACGAUGUCUUCAAUUUUCAAUACAGACUUGAUGUUGUUAGACUUGAGCACUUAGUCCAUACCUCGUUGAAUGGAUGAUCCCCAGUGUCAUGACUCUCGAGGAUGCCAUAUCACUUAGUAUACACAGGAAAUAUUCCUGUAAGUGGGGCGAUAAACAAUGCAAUAUAGACUAAUGUUAAAUAUGAUUGUUACUUAGUGAUGCUUUGAUAGUACAACCAAAGUUCUCCGUUAUUGGCGACAGUGACCUGUGAAAUGAGCCUCCGAGAAACAACUGAGUUGUUCGGCGAAUACAUCCUGGAGGGGUGAGGACACUUUCCCAGUCAGUUUGACGUGACAGAUUACAUGUCAUGUGAUAGCUUGUUGCAAUGCAACUGUUUUAAGAACUUGUAAAGUUGAUGUCAGAUUUUUUUCUCAAAAACUUUAGUGAAAUAUGAAUGUUACGAGAACGAUUUGCCUAAUAUUGAUAUUGUAAUAUGUUGAUUUUGUGAAUCUACCAUUACAGGGUAGACAUCCGCUAGUUUUUGACACCAUUGUAAAACUGUAUGAGUAUCUAGGCACAUAUAACCCCUGACCAUACCGUUACUAUGACAGUGUUAUAUAAAUGUGCCGUCAAACCUUACAAUUAGGGCGAAAAUUACGGAAACUGAUCUGCAUUCUAAACAUUUUCUAUUUUUGAUCAUCAUUUUCGCUAUAGCUACUGAUAAAAUAACUGAAGUAUGUUGAUCUCGCCUGUUUUGUCACUUUAACAUUCUUUUUAGUAUCAAAUUAUUUAGUAUAAUCGGUUCCAUAUGAACGCAUGUUCUUCGGGUAUUCUGAUAUGGUUGGCAAUAAUAAUGAAGCAUGUAUUAUACAGUAACAGAUCACUUGUAUAUAGUUAGCUAUUGUAUCAUACAUGAAAUAUUUUUUGAUCUUUUAUCUCUACUUGAAAUAAAAUCUAAUCCGCAUUUCUGUGCUCGAAUGUGCACUAUAACUACUAAUUUGUAUUUAAUACAAAAUAGGAUAAUUAAAUGUAGGACUAAGACUUAGCUGUCGGAAGAGGAUAUCAAUUCAUUUUUAAUUACUUCACAUACCUACGUAAAACUGUGUUUCCAUUUACAUGUGCUUUCUUUAAUCUUACUUCUCUUAUUAAAUGCACCUGCGUAAUUUAAACACAUUCAUUAUUUACAUGUUUUCUUUGACUGUUCUUGCAAUUUUAUCAUAUGAUAGGAAUAUACAUUGUGCAGUUCUUUGAUCUUAACUACAUAUUUUGACGUAUGACUGAAUACUCGUCCUCUCACAAAGCAUGCGUAUAACGGUUUGAAUAUGCAGUUAUAAUUUUUACAUUCGAAAUACAUAAACGUUGUUUGCGCGUCGUUUGAUUUGCGAUAUCACGUUAUUUCAGUAAGAAUGCUUUAUUCGGCUUUAAGCAAUACCUAAAAUGGCAGAUAAUGUUAAUCAUGCGAAAUUGUCUUCUUUAUUAAAAAAAAGUCCAUAUUUUUUAUAAAUAAAUUUUGACUGAAAUUAUUAAAUAUAUUAUGGAGUCUAACAGCGUUUUGUAAUUUAUCAAUAUCAUAAUGUCAUUUGAUUUGAAUAAUAAAGAAUAAAACGUUGUACUUUAUUGUUAUAAUUAUAAGUGCAACACGUGUCUUAAAUAAAACAUUUUCUUUUUGUAGUUUUACUGUUAUAUUUUCAUUCCUACAUAGGUCCACAUUACGGUCACUUGUUGAAUAGAUGUCGACAAAGUCGGUAACAGUGUCAAACGUGUUACUCCUAUGUGAAUAUUAUUCAUCACUUUAGAUUGAUUUUUCUUAAAUUCCAGUUACACUUUCCUUCUACUCCUGAAACCUCGAAAUAAAUUAUUUUGAGCUUUUUCUCAGUUUCCUUCCUACGUAAGUAGCUGUUCCUCUGUAAAAGUGUCAUUCCAAUCCCUAAAAUGUCUUGAGAACCUGAACGAAACCAUGUUCACACUAUCCACACUCAACUCUUACAGAAAUGUAACAGACUCUUAUUUGAUUUGUAAAUAUUCCUUUAUUUAUAAAUCUUCAUAAAUUUUGUCCAAGGAUGUAAAUUUCAAAUGCACUUUGUCUAGGUAUGAAUUGUAAAAACCGGUAGGAUACCUCGCCUGAAUAAGUUAAACUCCACUAUAAUAACCUCGAAACUGUGAAACCAAAGCUGCAGUUUAAACAUUAUAUCAUAAACAUCUUUAUUAAUGAUUAACAUAACGUUCAUUCGAAAAUUAUUGUCCAGUAAGUAUGAACAGUACUGCAUUCUGAUAGAAAUACAAAUAUAUCUUAAACAUUUGUGAAAUGUCUCUUUAUGCAUACAUUAAAACUGUCCAGGUUUCUCUUGGUGUUUAGCUCCAUUUUACUC